AUGACAAAUAAAACAACCUCUAAACAGCGUGAAUUACCAAUAGUGACUGGCGUACGAUAUUUAGGCACCGGCAUAACGUCGACAAAUACAUCACCAUUAACUGCUGGUGGCGGUGAUGAUUGCAAUAGCGCCGAUUUAAUCUCGCUGUUCGAAUGCCCGGUUUGCUUCGAUUACGUAUUGCCACCAAUUCUUCAGUGCUCCAGCGGACAUUUGGUGUGCGUUUCGUGUCGCGCGAAACUUGCAUGUUGCCCCACAUGCCGUGGACCGCUUGCUAACAUACGAAAUCUCGCAAUGGAAAAAGUUGCCUGUAACGUAAGAUUUCCGUGCAAGUACUCAGGUUGCGGUUGUCCAGCAGCUGUGCUUUAUACAGAGAAACCCCAGCACGAAGAGAUUUGCGAGUAUCGUCCCUAUCCGUGCCCUUGCCCAGGACCUACCUGCAAAUGGCAGGGUUCGCUUGAUCACAUCAUGCAGCAUCUGAAGAUAUCACACCAGAGUAUCACUACACUUCAGGGAGAAGACAUUGUUUUCUUGGCCACCGACAUCAAUUUACCCGGUGCCGUGGAUUGGGUUAUGAUGCAGUCAUGCUUUGGGCAUCAUUUUAUGUUGGUACUCGAGAAAAGAGAGAAAUACGAUGGUCAUCCGCAAUUCUUCGCCGUUGUGCAAAUAAUCGGUUCUCGAAAGGAGGCGCAAAAUUUUGUCUACUGCUUAGAAAUUAACGGCAAUGGACGACGCUUAACAUGGGAGGCAAUGCCGCAUUCAAUACAACAAGGUUUUAUGUCGGCCAUCGAUAAUUCAGAUUGUUUAGUGUUCGAUACAUCAAUUGCAGGCUUAUUCGCCGAUAAUGGAAAUUUGGCAAUUAACGUCACCAUCUCAUCGCGAGAAAAGCUUUAA